UCUGGAUACCGCACUCAUUGCAAUUAUUAUUUAACAAAAAAAUAACAGAAUCGUUUUUUGUUUCUUGGUUAUCCAACAAUUUUCGUAAAGUCAUCGUCUGUUGCAUCAGUUCGUGAUGUCAGUGAGCUCAGCAUAUUUAUAAACAGACGUUCCUACUGCAACUUUGCAUCAAAAUCUGCCGAGAUUAUUAGAAACAGAAAAUGGGUAGCAUUCUGUGAAAGAAAACCCGUUCUCGAACAUUACGACGAGCGAAAAUGCACGUAGGCCUAUGCACAACAUGCAUGACAUGACAAGCCACUAAGUUUCAGCGCUUGUCACACUAACAAACACUGUGUGAUUUUUGUAUCAAACUCAUAAUUUUGUCCUUACAUCGUUAUUGAAUAACGAUGGCUUUGAGAUGUUGUGGAUCACUGCAACUCGGAGUCAAAGGAUUCAGCUUUCGUCUCAUCAGCCCGUCCCUUCAAAAUAGACACCAGAACGUUGCUGUUUUACGGAGAUGUAACCGACUGUUCAGCAGCACGCAGCGAGUGAGCAACGCCCUCAGGAAGUGGCUUGUCUUCAGUAAGGAGCCCCCCAAGGGCUUUGAGAAAUUCUUCCCCAGCUCCAAGAAAAGUGCCGCACCCCCUCGGCCCAAGAAUGCAGCAUCUGCAAAAGAUAAGGGUGAGCCUACGCCCAGCAAAAGCAGCGAGAGUAGCCGAGGAGGAGACAAGCCCCAAGACUUCUGGAAGGGUCUGAUGGGAGGGGGCGGGGCCCAGGGAGGCAAGCCAGGGGGCGGAUUGCCCCGGGGUACCAACCCACCCAUCGACCCCAACAAUAGGAACCAGCUGUUGUUUAGUAUAGCGGUGACCGUGACGGGGGCGGUGGCCGUGGCUUGGCUACUUGGGGGCGGAUCGGCUCCGGAGAUUACGUGGAAGGAUUUUUGUCAGGAAUAUCUGAUGGCUGGACAGGUUGAGAGGUUGGAAGUUGUCAACAAGAAAUACGUCAGAGUGUGGCUGAGACCGGGCCAUUCUAAGGGGAGGUAUGUGUGGUUCAACAUUGGCAGUGUCGACGCCUUUGAGAGAAAUCUUGAGAACUCCCAGGUGGAUCUCGGAAUCGAACCCAACAACUAUCUGUCGGUCGUUUACAGCUCGGAAAGUGAUGGGAGUUUCCUACUGAGCCUGAUUCCCACCGCUCUCAUGAUCGGCUUCUUCUUCUACUUGUUCCGCAACAACCCCGCUGCGGGAGGCCGUGCCGGCAAGCGAGGAGGGAUCUUUGGCUUCGGAGAAACCACGGCCAAGAUUAUCAAGGAAGACGUUGGAGUACGGUUCAAGGAUGUUGCCGGAUGUGAGGAGGCCAAGCUAGAAAUCAUGGAGUUUGUCAACUUCUUGAAGAAUCCUCAACAGUACAUUGACCUCGGAGCCAAGAUCCCCAAGGGAGCCAUUCUUAACGGACCACCAGGAACGGGCAAGACCCUCUUAGCUAAAGCUACAGCCGGUGAAGCUAACGUUCCCUUCAUCACCGUCAGUGGAUCCGAGUUCUUGGAGAUGUUUGUUGGUGUUGGUCCGUCUAGGGUGCGUGACAUGUUUUCCAUGGCCAGGAAGAACGCUCCUUGCAUCCUCUUCAUAGAUGAGAUCGACGCCGUCGGAAGGAAACGAGGCAAGAGCAACUUUGGCGGACAGAGUGAGCAGGAGAACACACUGAAUCAGCUCCUUGUGGAGAUGGACGGAUUCAACACGACCACCAACGUGGUAGUCCUAGCUGGCACCAACCGGCCAGAUAUUUUGGAUCCAGCCCUGCUCAGACCUGGUCGCUUUGACAGGCAGAUAUACAUUGGAGCGCCUGACAUCAAGGGAAGAGCGUCCAUCUUCAAAGUCCACUUGAAACCCCUCAAGACAGAUGUUGACCAAGAAAAUAUGGCCAGAAAGAUGGCGGCACUCACCCCCGGCUUCACAGGAGCGGAUAUCGCCAAUGUCUGCAAUGAGGCGGCUCUGAUUGCCGCUAGAUACGGCUGCAAGGACAUCAACUCCUCCCACUUUGAGCAGGCCAUUGAACGAGUCAUCGCAGGCCUGGAGAAGAAGACGCAGGUUCUGCAACCAGAAGAGAAGAAGACGGUAGCGUACCAUGAAGCAGGUCAUGCAAUCGCUGGGUGGUUCCUGGAGUACGCUGACCCACUACUCAAGGUUUCAAUCAUACCGAGGGGUAAAGGUCUUGGCUAUGCCCAGUACCUCCCUAGAGAGCAAUACCUCUACACUAAGGAACAGCUUCUAGACAGAAUGUGCAUGACGCUAGGAGGACGGGUCUCUGAACAGAUCUUCUUUGGUAAGAUCACGACGGGAGCUCAAGAUGACCUCAAGAAGGUCACGCAGGUCGCCUAUGCCCAGAUUGUCCAGCAUGGUAUGAGUGACGUCAUCGGUAACGUCUCCUUUGACAUGCCCCAGCAAGGCGAGAUGGUUCUGGAGAAACCAUACAGUGAAGCUACGGCCAAAAUGAUUGACGAGGAAGUCCGCAAGUUGAUCGGAUCGGCCUACGAUCGCACUAUGGACCUGCUGACUAAACACAAGGAAAAUGUGGAGAAGGUUGCCUUAAGACUUCUAGACAAGGAAGUCUUGAACAAGGACGACAUGGUGGAACUUCUUGGUAAUCGCCCUUUUGCCGAGAAGUCGACUUACGAGGAUUUUGUGGAAGGAACCGGAGGCAUGGAGGAAGACACGUCACUACCGGUCGGCCUUAAGGACUGGAACAAGCAGAAAGAAGCUGCCAAAGAUGCACCAGAGGGAGGGAAACUACAGCCUGAGACAGUGUGAUGGGUGAACAGAGGGAGUAAGCCUACAUCAUGACACUGCAGUGUGAUUGUGUAAUAUCAUUGGUCAGGAAAUGUCUUCCCUACAGCAUGUGCCUGUUGGGCAGUUGGGCUGGUGACAUUCCAGUGAACAUGCCUAACCCCUCUGGAACGGAUCGAUUCCAUGUUGCUGAAGAUGGUCUUGACUUUUACUUUGCAGCUGGGGUGAUACUGUUUAAUGUAAAAGCCUAAUGCUACACAUGAUGAUUUACUAUAAAUAAAUGUCAUUCUUAAUUCAGAAUUUGUCGUAACAAAAUUUAUAUCGCCACGUAAUUGAGGGUAUGUAAACUUUAUUUUCAGAGAAUUGUUUGAAUUCAUUGGAAAAAAUACCAUAUUUCAUAAGGUUUAAAGAAAAAAACCCAGAAUUACUGUAUCUGGAUCAUUCGGGUAGCUUCUGUUCAGAAAUUCUCAAGAUUCUUUUGGCCCAUCUGUAAUGUAAACUGAAAAUUGAACAUUGUCCAGAGUUGAAACACAAGUUUGUAGACAGUGCAGAAUGAGCACAGUCAAUUUAGAGUUGUCCCAAGCACGUAAAUGAUCCCAGCAGAAACGACACAUUUUUUGUGUGUGUUUGAAAACAAUUGUAAGAGAUUACUGUGUGUAAUUUUCACUGUAAAAAGUGCUGAUAGGAAAGAGUAGUCACAAUAAAAAUUGUCAUCAUUUUGAAUCGGU